UGCACAUAUCAGACCUUACUCAUUGCCCACAAUUCCCAACAUCAUGACUGAGAAGCAGCAUCAAAGCGGGGUAGAAACUCCAGAGCUUGAAGACAAAGAACGUGACUGGUCAGAGAAAGACGAUAUCAACGUGGACCGCGAGCAGUCAGUAGGAGUGCCCUCUCAAUCGGUUCAACCGUUGGAGACCAAGACGGCAGAGACGAGCAAUGGCGGCGUACUUGAUCGUCUCAGGUCCAACGUCUCCUUGCAUAAAGAUCCCGGACCACCACUAGAUGGAGGGAAAGCAUGGAUUCAAGCCGCAGUGGCCCAUCUCGUGAUAUGUGAAACCUGGGGACAGAUCAGCUCUUACGGCGUGUUCCAAAGCUACUACUCGGGCACGCUCGGGCAUCCACCAUCCGAUAUCUCCUGGGUCGGAUCUGUUCAAAUCUUCCUCCUCUUCUUCAUCGGGACAUUCUCAGGUAGAGCAACCGAUGCUGGUCUCUUCCGUCCAGUAUUCAUACUAGGAGUAUUCUUCCAGGUCUUCGGUAUCUUCAUGACAUCUCUUUCGACAAAGUACUGGCAGCUGUUCCUAGCACAAGGGAUUUGCACCGGAAUUGGGAAUGGGCUUCAAUUCUGUCCUACAAUGUCCCUCCUGUCCACAUAUUUUAGCAAGAACAAGUCGUUAGCUAUUGGCAUAGCCGCUUCUGGGUCAGCUACAGGUGGAUUGAUCUACCCAGCAAUUGCAACACAACUACUUGGCCAAAUCGGGUUCGGUUGGACAAUGCGAGUUAUAGGGUUCGUCACCAUUGCUCAAGGCGCUGUUGCCGCUGCGUUUUUGAAACCACGAUUACCUCCCCGAAAAGCAGGCCCGCUGGUUGAGUGGGCUGCUCUGAAAGAACCUACUUACGUACUCUACUGCAUUGGGAUGUUUCUCAAUUUCUGGGCGCUUUACUUUGCUUUCUAUUACGUUGGCGCAUACGGAAGAGACAUCAGGGGUAUGAGCAACAAAGAUUCCAUAUAUCUCCUGAUGAUCAUGAACGGAGUCGGAUACAUCGGCCGCCUUGCACCAAACGCUUUCGCCGAUCGUGUUGGCCCUUUGAACAUGAUCACCCCUUUCGCCUUCCUCUCCGGAGUUCUGAUAUACUCAUGGGCUGGCGUUACCUCUACUGGCGGCCUUUACGCUUUUUCGGUCAUAUAUGGCCUGUUUGCGGCUGCGAUACAAAGUAUGUUCCCCGCAGCACUGUCGAGCUUGACAACGGACCUCAGCAAAGCCGGAGUACGCAUGGGCAUGGGGUUUUCCAUCGUCUCAGUAGCUUGUCUCACAGGACCGCCUCUUGCUGGUGCACUGAUCCAGUCUAACCACGGCAACUACCUACAUGCCCAGAUGUUUGCUGGUAGUUGUUUGAUCUGUGGAGGAUUAACACUAGUGGCGGCAAGAGUUGUGAAGACUGGAUGGAAGAUAAAGGCGAUAUUAUAAGAAUAGGAAGACAAGAACUUGAGACAAUCAAGGAUGAAUUGUCCUCCCAUGUAGGGCUCUACACCGCCUCACGGAAAACUUGAGUAUUGUCGUCUUGGGCUAUCAAAAAAACAGCUCUCGCCUUUAUCCCAAGCACGGGUAGAUGGCCAAACUAAUUCUAAGCUGGUAAUGCACCGUGAAGGCUACAUAUAUGGUGAGAAGUAUGUGUCCAAGUAGCAUGCAGCAAAGUCUCUUUUUCCGACUUCAAGCGCAGAAUGUUCGCAUAUGUUUCUGGCUUCUGAAGAACUCCCGGAUUCUUCAAUCAUGAUACCACAUUUACGAUGUACAUAUAUUAAGAGCGUUCAACUCUCCCCUCAAAAGGAUCAUACCAAUAACACAGGACUGUCCCAUUAAAACGGUCUCCCCACAAUGCCC